UGAAAAUUGGAGCGUACCUCACGCAUCAAAUUGUCUACCACCCAAAUUUUUUUUGGAAUUUUUUGAAUUUUUCUGAAUUUUUUUCUGAAUUUUCUUUUGACCGGGUGCAGAUGCACCCGGGCACCGAAACGCCGCUCUCGGAAAUAUGCCCUUUUAUUAGAAGCAGGAUCAGCUGCAGUGAAGUUCUCCAAAAUAAAAAUGCCAGCCUCUGAUAUGGGGAAACAGUGGAAUGUGAUGAUUUAGGCUAAACAUCUAAUUAGCAUUUAUAUACCAGGAAUAUAACUGCUGCUAACAGAGGAUGCAGAUUGAGGAUCAGUAUAACAUGUGUAAUUAUUUUUUCUAUUUUACAUGCACCUUUUUCAUUUAGAAUGUCUGCAGAACAUCUCUUGUCACUUGGUUUUAGAUUUGCUGAGUGAUAGGAGGAAGAGCAUGGAGCAGUUCAUUUUUGCUGUGAAGCUGUACCAAUGAUCUUCUUAAAUCUAGGUUUGAAUCACCUGAGUUUCUUUAAGGUUUUGACAUGAUUGCGAAGUAUGUAUGCCAAGAUGGUGCAUGUAUACCUCUAUAAAAUGCGCUUGCUACUGCCGGCAGUGCUUAAUUUAUUCAAAUGUGGCCAGCUAAAAUAACCCAUGCAAUGGAUAUGGACGAUCAAUUGUCUUAGUUCAAGAUGAACAACCAUUAUGGUUUCAUUGCAUAUGCAGUCAUCCUGCUAGCUUUCCAACAAUUGUGCUUUUAUAUCUGUGGCAUUACAUAAACCUGUGAAUUUGGGAGUUCAUCAUGAUUAGGGUUGUUUAUACAUUAUACUUGGCGGCCCGUAAAUUUGUAAUUUUAGGAGUUCAUCAUGAUCAUGAUCAGGGUUGCUUAUAUUUUUGCAAAAUACGAAAGUAAUCGCAACAAAAACAACCAGAAUGGAUUCAAUUAACACUAAUUUGAGGUAGCACGUAAAUUCGGUUAACACUAAAGAUUCAGUUCAAACCAACAUUCAGUUAACAGAAAAGAUUCAGUUAACACUAAAUAGUCAGUUGACAAAUUGAGUUGAGUUAGCACAUAAAUUCAGUUAACAUAAACAUCAGAUAACACCUUAAUUCAGUUAAGCCAUGGUGAUCAAUGACAUCUUGUGCAGUGUCUAUGUACAUAAAGAAACAUACCACUAGCUUUAUCUACUAGCAAUGGUGGGAGACAUGAUGAUGAAAUGAAUAGCGUGGUUUCAGAGUUUGUUGUGACUUUAUGAGAUGCUCGUUGUUUAUUUUCUGCACCAACUUAUUUUGGUGGCAAACCAACCCUGCCGUGGUCUAGCAACUAAUUACAUGUUCUGAUUGCAGUUUCUUAAAGGAGAUAAUGCAAGUGGUAAAACAAAUGGCAUCAAGUUCAAUCACGGAAAAGAAAUCAAAUGGCCAUAGUUUUUUCUUGACAGGUGAAGCGUCUUUGAAUAAAUUUAAAAACUGCAGAGACAUACCCUGGCUGUCGGCAGCUCUUGUGUGUUAUGGAGGGCCUGGAGGGGAACAAUGGGACUUGUCCGAACAAUGCCGCCUCAGCGCCGGUUGGAGGAGAUAUCUGGCGUGACAAUGGCGACGAUGGGUUGGCCGGCCAGCCGAUCGUGGCUCAUGCAGAUGUAGGCAACCGCAUCGGCGGACACGGGCGAAUGGCAAAGGCACAUGACGCAGCCGCUACCUUCCCUCCUUGGUGUCGGGAUGGUCGCCAGCUGCAUGCUUGGCCCAGAGGCGGAGCUCCUCCGCCCGAUUCCGCGUCGAGCCUGUGCUGCCGCUGGUUUGUGCUGUCGUGCUGGCUAGUGCUGGAUGAGAUAUUUUUUUAGCACUUAGUGUUGGAUUGUUUUUUUUUCGAGGGCUGCACAUUGUGCUGGAUGAGAUGGAUCAGCCAAACUGUGGGUGCUAUUAGAUGAUAAAAAUAAUAACCUUGACUGUCAGGUGCGGGUGCAGGUGUUACAAGGAAAAUCAUGGGAUAUCGUUCCAGAGGGAUUUUCAGAGAAAUCCGUGAAUUUGCCCGCCUCAAUUUAGGAGCUUUUCUUUCUCCUUUGCCCCACGGGCUUGUAAUAAGCUAGCUCAUGCAUUGGCUGUAUUUUGGUGCUCGCUGUAUUGUCUGGUCUGAGGACCUUCCUGACGAUGUGAAAAGUUGUCUCCAUGACGUUUUUGCAGAAAACCCCUUCCCAAACUUCCGACACAACCUGCGCUCCUCGUUGUCUUCAAUCGACGCUUUGACACAGACGCAUGGACGCCGGAGCUUCCCUGCUCGGAUUCGUCGCGCUGCUUCCCUGCUCUCCCGCGUCGUAGCUCCCUUAGCUUCGCCGCGCUGCUCUCCCGCGCGUCCUCCUCCGUUGCUCCCUCUUGCCUUGCGCAGCUCCCCUGCCUCCCAAAUCUUCCCUCUUUCACACCCAAAAUCGUUUCUUCUUCCUCCUGCUGCGUCUCCUGCUUGCGUGCGGCGACGACACGUCCUCCUCGUUGCCCCCGACGCCGGAGGAGGCACGGGGCAAGCAGCAGCGGAGGAGAAAGGGGAUUCCGUUCGCCGCCAAGGCGCCCUGGGCAUGCUCCUCGAGUCCCUGCUCCUCGGGCCCCUCAUCACCUCCCUCCUCAAGAAGCAGAACAACAUGACGCAGGGACCAGGGCCAGGAAUUAAAAAACAAACAAAAGCAGGGGCCAGGAUUACUAGGAUAGUGGUUCAUCCUGCUUGUCUGAUCUGUGGAGGAGACCAAGGGCAUCAACCUCCCCAACUUGAAUUUGUGUUGUUGUUACUUGACAUGUUUGUGUUCCUCAUUUGGAGUCAGGCUGUGGCAUGGGACACCUAUCCUUGUGGUCAUCAGCAUCCUGGCAUACUUCUGCUUCUUGGAGCAAUUGCUGGUUGCGCAUAACGGCUUCGCCGCCCUGGCGAUUUCGCUGCCCUUCUCAUGCAUCCUAGGCCUCUUCUCAUCACUGACCACAACAAGCAUGGGGGCGAGGAUAUGUGGAUCUUCGCGGCGAUCCAGUUCCUCUUCGUCGUGUUCUUCACAACUCUGUUCUACAGAUAUCUGCAUCUGCAGGCUGUGAUUUCCAUCAUCCUGGCAACCUUACCAUGACACUACUAUUAUUGGACCAUUACACUCAUCUCUACCUGGAGAACAAAUUCCUUAGUGCAAGUUACUGAUUGAAUUUACACUCAUCUGCAGAGCGUGUAGAAAAAUUGAUUGUAUUUUGAUGACUGAAUUUAAAAUCACUACUUGGAGUACACACUGACUGAAUUUAACACUGCAAUUGAUUAUCCUGUGAUCCAUGGACAUUGCAAUUGUGCAUUAUCCUGGAUACAGAACAUGGAUCUCUGAAUAAUUCAAAUACUCUGAAUAAUUCAACAAUUGACAGGCAUAAUA